AUGUCCACGAUAUAUUCAGAGCCCGAGGUGGAACGGUUUCUGAACAAUUUCAGCGAGCUCCAUUCUGCCAGAGAGCAGGAGAACCGCAGCCGGCUGCAGAGCCUGGAGCAGGAGGUGGAUCAAAAACGCAGACAGUAUGAGCUGUCUCCGAAGAAAAAGCCCCUUGUGCCCAAAAAGGCCGCCAAUCUCGACCGCAGGGUCAAGGUGGAGCUGGAGAAGAAGGAGGUCGAGGAGUUUGUGCGCACUGUGGACCUCGAGAAGCCCAUUGAGAAAGCGAACGCUCCGAAACCGAUCAAAUUCGAGGACGUGAUGAAACAGCCGAUCUUCACUCCGCCGGCCGAAACUAGUACCCCAGCGCCAAAAAAGACUCCCCUCGUCAAGCCCAAACCACAGCCCAAACCACAAGUGAUAGACUUCCGGGCCUCUUUGAAACCUGCCAGACAGCCCGCCCCCGAACCCAAACAGAAACUCUCGAUCCCUGUGCUCACAAGCACCGCCGCAAAAACAGCAGACAACCCGCCGCCGUUUCUUGGUGUUCAGCUGUCGCCUACGAAAAAGACAUUCGCAGCCCCAGAAAGCAAAAAGCCCGAGGCCCUGAGCAAACUGGGCGCUUUGAAACCUGCAGUGCCAGUAUCGAAGAAGCCGUCAGAGACCCCCGAAGCACUCGCCAAGCUCUCGUCGCUCGCAAAGGCCAAGCCGGCCCCCAAGCCCACGCCACCUAAGCCGGAGGCCCUGCUUAUGCUUUCGAGCCUGAAGAAAGCCAAGGAACCUGUGCCGGUCCAGAAACUGCCACCAAGAGCAAAAACCGAGCCCCAGAUGGGCGUCCCGCUGCCAGGGCUUGCGCAGCCGCACGCCUUUAUCUCCAGGGCAAUGACAGAACCGAAGAAACCCGCGCUGGAUACAUCAGAAUUCGACAAACAGGGACGGCCUCUGGAGCACGUGACCAAGAGCAGAGCCAAGGGUCCCAAGCGGAGGCCUCCCAAGGCCAACAAGUACGGCGAUGUGGCUGCCACGCCCAAGAAGACGCCGCCGCCGAUCCGCAAAUCGUCGCGCCAGGUGUCGAGCAGCGAGCUGUUUAUAUAG